AGCUACGUCAUUAGUACGUGCUACUUAUCUUUUUAAUUUCUGUUGAAGGAGAGUCUCAUGGGUCUCCAUAACUUUAGUGCUAGGAAUUGGACCUUCAGGCGCCUUUCUGGGCUCCAGCAGCCUUUCUGGGAACUCUGAAAGCAGAACAUCUGGGUGGCAGGGAGAUUCACCCCUGGGCAGCAGCAGCUGGAGGAACAGAGAGGGGACGGAUAUUGGGUGUAAGUCUGGACUCUGUGGCAAGAAUUCAGGAACAUUCAAGGCUUGCGUUGCUCUGCUUUCGCUUGUUUUUCCAGCUAAAUUUCCCAGCUCUGACCACAGACUCCAGUCACACCAAGUGUGCCUUACUCUGUUUCACUUAGGAGCCAUUGCAUAAGGUCUUCCCCUUUUCCAUUUCCAUCUGGUCCUUUCCUGUUCAUCACUCGUCCCAGCUAGGUGUUGCCUCUCCCAGGAAUCUUUUCCUGGCUCAUUGGCGAGCUGAGCUGGGUGCCAGUGUGUACCCCCAAGAACAUCCUGCCUUUGGUACAGGGGUCCUUGAGGACAGAGAUAGUCUCCUGUGUUCUCAGGGUUGAGUCUGAUACUAGGUUUCUGGCCUCAAAAUAUAGAAUCGAAUUAAAAUAGGCUGGUCAAGCCCAGAUCUUUGCAGGGACCCGACAGUGUGUUGGAUGGCUCCAAUAAGCUUGAGGACAUGUACCCGGAAGAUGCUGCCUCUGACCCACGUGGGUCCUCUCCCACUCUCCAACCCCUGCCAUGGUGCCGAGUGCUGGUUUGCAGAUACGCAGGCAGAUCUGCAGUGUCUAAUGCCAUGAGUGUGGUGGUGCACCAUGUGGAGGAGAAAGCUGUACACUCUUGGUCACGGAUCUCCACAGCAGGGAAGAAGGCCCUGGAGGAGGCGCUACUUGUCUUUAACCCAAUGAGCCAGGAUCUCAGUGCCACAGAGGCCCAGCUUGUGGCCUUCCUGCAGGGCCUGCGGGAUGAUGGCUUCCAGCCCACCAUCCUGCGCAGUGGUGAUGUCUACGGCUAUAGUUCAUGCACAGCCAGCCCCCCAAGCCAGACAAAGCUGCAAGCUCGUGCCCCCACCCCAGCUACCACAUCACCUCCAUCCAAUGUUCCCCGAACUGCCAUGCGGCUGCCUGCAGGUCGGGCCACACUGCUUCCCAUGGCACUCUCUGGCAGGCUGGCCAAAGCAUCCACACCAGCCCUCACCAAGCAUGCUACCACCAACCUGCUACUGAGCUCCCUGAAGCAGUCAAGUGCCAGCCGUGCCCGGGGUGCGGCAGUGGGCUUCCCCACCCACCUCUAUCCAGGUGUCUACCCUGCCAUGCGGCUCUCCGUUGUCCUUGAGGCCCUGGUUCCACUCAAGACUUCCAUGCCCUGCUUGGGUGCCAAGCACAAGACACAGUCACUGCAGCUCUCUCUUGCGGACUCGCCCCUGAAGCUGCGGAAAGGUCCAGGGAAAGGGAUGGGAAACCCCCAGCCCAAAAGUCCUAGAAAAGCCACAAGCAAGGGCCCCAAGUGUCUGACUCGCAGAGGACCCAGGGCUGGACCCCGACAAAGCAGUGGGCCUCAGAGCAAGACCUGCAAAGCCACUGGGUCCUUCAGUGGCCCACGAGGGAAAGGUGUUUCUGCCCCGGGCACCAAAAAAGCCCAGGCUAAGGUGGCUCAAACACAGGUCAAAGCUGGCAAGGCCCGGCCAAAAGCCAAGGCUGCACAAGCCAAGGCCAAGGCUGCACAGAUCAAGGCCAAAGCCAAGGCAGUGCGAACCAAGGCCAAGGCCAAAGCAACGCAGGCCAAGGCCAAAGCAGCGCAGGCCAAGGCCAAGGCAGCUCGGACCCAGCCCAGGGGCAGGGGCAGGCCGAAAGGGUCUGUUCAGGCCAGGACUGCAAGGAGGGGCCAGAAAAGCCGCCCUGAGACUGUGGGGCAGAAGAGGAAAAGGGCUGAGGAGGCAAAGGAUCUUCCUCCCCAGAAGAGAACACGGCUUGGGCCCCGAUCCCCUAAGGCAUGGCUAGGGCCUGGACCAGCAAAGCUACUGAAAUUCCGGGCCAUCAAGGUGGACAGGUGGUCCUCGGAUGAUGAGGUGCGGCAGCGGGCUCAGCAGAUCCUCCGUGUGAACCUGUCCCCUGUAAUACGGCUCCAGCCAUUGCUGCCAUACUCAGUGAUUCCUUCACAUGGCAGUGUUUGGGGAAACUGAGCCCAUCUGUCUGUUGUCAGUGGCACAGUGUGCAAUGCCUAUGGACUCCACAACCCUGAGGACUCUGGGUGCCUCUCUAGGGCCUGGCAGCCACCAGCCUCCUUUCAAAGACUGGAGGAUGUGGGGUGGGGUGGGCGGAUGGGAGGGGUGUUCUCAUGGCGCAAUGCACUGUGAUUUGUUACUCUUUGAGUUGUAUGUCCACUGUUCCAUCUAUCACGUUUUAUACCUUUCCACCUUUCA